CUGCGGGAAGAGCUCAAGAGCGCGCGGGAAGCGCUGGAGAAAACGACGCAAGAGAACGCGCGCCUCGCCAAGUCCGUCAAGGAAGCUGAAGAUAAGGUUGCGCAAUACUCAAAGUUAGAGUCCGAGAUGAAAAGCGUUCGCGCCGAACUCGAACGCGCCAAGGGCGAGACCAAGGCGGCGGAGGAACGUGCGGCGAAGGCUUCUGAACUUAACGCACUCAAGGAGGCUGAAUCUAUGCGCAAGGACACGGAGGGCAACGAGCAGAAUAAGGCUCUCGAAGCGCGAUUGGUUGAGCAAACACGUGAAGUCGACGCUGCGAGACGUCUGGUGCAAGAAUCCGAGCAAUUGCAGCGACAGCUCGACGAACGGCAAUCGCGUAUAAACGAGCUUGAAGAGCAAGCCCUCGAAGCCGAAUCAAUGCGACGUGCGUUGCACAACCAGAUUCAAGAGCUGCGUGGCAACGUGCGCGUGUUCUGCCGAGUGCGCCCGACGGAGAACGAAGCGGCAGUUAAGUGUGCCCCUGACGGGAGCUCAUUGAAUUUGAAACGCGUCGAGGGCAAAGAAGAUGCCGCGUUCGAGUUUGAUCGCGUGUUUGAUCCGAGCGCCAAGCAAGAAGAAAUUUUCGAGGAAGUUUCGCAACUGGUGCAGUCUGCGCUCGACGGUUACAAAGUAUGCUUAUUCUCCUACGGGCAAACCGGCUCGGGUAAGACGCAUACCAUGCUCGGUGACGGUAACGGUGACAUGCGGGGUAUAAUCCCUCGCUCGGUCGCUAAAAUUGUCGAGGCGUCGCAGAAGAAUGCGCACAAGGGUUGGUCCUACACCAUGCACGCUUCGUACGUCGAAAUUUAUAACGAACAAGUGCGCGAUUUGCUCAAGCCAGGAAGUUCGCACAGCGACAAACACUCCAUCGUUCACAAGAAUGGCGUGACGGAGGUGAGCGGCGUCCAACGCGAGGUCAUUGACUCUGUUGAGUCUGCGGCGGCUUUGGUUCGACGUGCUUCCGCAGCUCGCGUGGUCGAAGCGACGAACAUGAACGCACAGUCUUCGCGUUCGCACACCAUAUUCAUGUUGUACAUCGUCGGCGAACACGCCUCAAGUGGAAGUGAACUCACGGGCUGCCUCAACUUGGUGGAUUUGGCUGGCUCGGAACGCGUUGGUCGAUCAGGCGCCGAGGGCGCGCGCUUGAAGGAGGCCUGCGCCAUCAACAAGUCUCUUUCGUCGCUUGGUGAUGUCUUUUCUGCGUUAGCCGCGAAACAAGCGCACGUGCCGUAUCGCAACUCCAAGCUCACUUAUCUGUUGCAGCCGUGUCUCGGCGGUGACGGUAAAACGCUGAUGUUUGUUAACAUCAAUCCAGAAAACACGAGCACCGAAGAGACGAUGUGCUCGUUGAAGUUUGCCUCGCAAGUGAACGCCGUUCAGCUCGGCGACGGCAAGGGCGCGCAGCGCCGUAUCACGACCAAAUUGAGUUCCAAGGUAGAAAAGAAGGGUGACAAGGAAAAGUCCAAGAGCGACAAGAGCGAACGCAAGUCGAAGGACAAAGCAACCAGCGUCAUUGGCGAACGCAAGCGCAAGGCGACUUCCUCCACCGACGAGCCUCGAAAAAAGUAAAUGUACAGCCUUUACAAUCCUAAACGAUAGCGCGCCGACGUCUACACGUGGCGCCUUUGAAAUGAAAUACAGCAAAAAAAUAUCCA